AUGAGCAGAGAGUGGACGUGGACUGAUGGAAGUUUAGUGAAUUACAUGAAAUGGUCCACCCACCAACCGGAUGAUCGCAAUGGUCGCCAACGAUGUGCCCAGGUCUGCUACAACUAUGCUUUGCACACGACGAAGCUGCUGGGAGCUAUUUUCCCUGCAAGAGGUCAAAUAUUGAUGGCACAUCACAGUUGUACCAUUCCAGGAUGA